UUAGACUUUUUUUUCUUUUUAAUUUUCUAAACUCUUUCACCCAAUGUUCUGUCCAGCUACCAAAGAGACGUCCUUCGUCCAGGCCAUCAGUGCAGCGGGGGUGAUGUACACGCUGACCAGAAACUGCAGUCUGGGAAAUCUGGACAACUGUGGCUGUGACGUGUCAAAGAACGGAAGGAUCGGAGGUCCCGGCUGGUUGUGGGGGGGCUGCAGUGAUAACAUGGAGUUCGGGGAGAAGAUCUCCAGGCAGUAUGUUGAUGCUCAGGAAACGGGUCAGGACUCCAGGGCUGCUGUCAAUCUGCACAACAACGAGGUCGGCCGUUUGGCUGUGAAGGCAACAGUGAAGCGCAUCUGCAGAUGCCACGGCAUGUCAGAGAGCUGCAGCGUCCAGACCUGCUGGACACAGCUGACAGACUUCAGGGAGAUCGGGAACUACCUGAAGGUCAAACACCAACAGGCCCUGAAGCUGGACAUCGACAAACGGCGCAUGAGAGCGGGAAACAGCGCCGACAGUCGGGGAGCCUUCGCGGAGGCGCUCGGCAGCAUCCCGAACACCGAGCUGAUCUACCUGGAGGACUCUCCGGACUACUGUCGGAGGAACGUCAGCAUGGGCCUCUACGGCACCGAGGGCCGGGAGUGCCUGCAGCACGGGGAGGGUCUGAGCCAGUGGGAGAAGAGGAGCUGCCGCAGACUGUGCCACGAAUGCGGCCUGAGAGUGGAGGAGAGACGCACCGAGGUGGUCAGCAGCUGCAACUGCAAGUUCCACUGGUGCUGCAGAGUCAACUGUGAAGACUGCCCCCAGGUGAUAGUCAAACAUGUGUGCGCCAGGAGGGACGCCCGAGACGGACACGGCUUCAGAAGAAGAGCCCGGGGGCCGAAGCAGUGACACACACACACACACACACACACACGUGUGAGGGUUUAUAUAAAUGUUUUACUCUGUCUACAAACUGAGUGGCAGUAUGCCCCCUGGUGGGGGCAUCUCUUUCCGCCUCCAUCUCUUGAACUUGUUGAAUGUCUGUUUGCACUUUCUCCUCGUCUACAUGUACGAGCGUUAUUUUUAUAUUUAUGAUGAAGAAAAAUAAAAACCAUAAUAAUGAUAAAACAAACACUGCUCCAUGUCGCCUUCCAUGACGUCAUUUACCCCAUACUCCCCAGUUACCCGUAGCUCGGCUCCCAGAGGAGGAAUUAGAAGAGACUGAUAGAGGAUUACUAGUACAACACGGUACUUUUCACACGCGGCCGAGGUGUUGAUCCGCGGCUCCUUUGAUGUCGGUGUGUAUUGGACUUCACAGACACAUUAAGGACGGAUUUCCACCAGAUAUUCGACCUGAUAACACAGACACUCAGGCCACAGGAAACAAUGGGAAAUGCAUCCUAAUGAACCAGGGCGGCAGAGUGGGGAAGACUUUGACUGUGACACGGUGUCACAGUGAAAUGGGACCGCUGUUCAGUCCAGUUAGCUUCUCACGGUCCACACAGAAAACAAAAUCCAUUUAAAGUCGGAUCGUUUGCAAAUCAUGAAGCUCACGAGGAGCCGCGGCCCCGCCCACCGCCCUGAAGAGCGGACUUCCACCUCACCCCCCCUCCU